AUGAGCACCUUAAAAAAGCGGAUCCAGGACUACAUGUUGGAGAGGAAAAGGCGGCGAACCAGAUUGGUGACUAAAGAUGGUCGCUGUAACAUUGAGUAUGGAAACAUUAAGUAUAGCACCCACUUUGCCUUCCUGGUUGACUUCUGGACCACCUUUGUUGAGAUCAGGUGGCGUUUUGUCCUGUUUAUUUUCAUUGCGUCUUUUACCCUCAGCUGGUUUAUCUUUGGCCUGCUGUGGUACUGGAUUGCCCGAAGUAAUGGAGAUCUGGGAUGGCAAGAGCCCCCUUCAGAUCACAAUUCAUGCGUUGAGAAUGUCGUUGGACUCACCACAGCCUUCCUGUACUCACUUGAAACCCAGACAACUAUUGGGUAUGGUGGAAGAGCAAUCACAGCUGAAUGCCCUAGUGCUGUGGCCCUUAUCAUUAUCCAGUCCCUUCUUGGAGCAGUUAUCAACUGCUUCAUGUGUGGAAUCAUCUUGUCCAAGAUCUCCCUACCCAAAAAGAGGGCCAAGACUGUCACGUUUAGUGAAAUGGCUGUCAUCAGUCCCAGAAAUGGUUCUCUCUGCCUGUCCAUCAGAGUGGCCAACCUGCGCAAGACACUGAUGAUUGGAAGCCAGAUCUAUGGCAAGCUGCUGAGAACAACAACCACGCCAGACGGUGAGACAAUCAUCAUGGACCAAGUGAAUAUUGACUUCCUAGUAGAUGCUGGGAAGGACAACCUAUUCUUUGUAACUCCUCUCACAUUGCAUCACGUUAUUGACAAGAGCAGUCCCUUCUUCGACAUGGCAGUGGACACGCUACAUGACAAAGAGUUCGAGCUUGUGGUCUUUCUGGAUGGCACAGCAGAGUCCACAAGUUCUUCCUUCCAGGUGCGAACCUCCUUUAUUCCUCAGGAGAUCAUGUGGGGCUACAACUUCCUGCCGAUCAUCUCCAGGAGCAAAGAAGGGAAAUACAGAGUUGACUUCUCCAACUUCUCCAAAGUGGUUCCGGUAGCCACUUCACAUUGUGCAUACUGUUAUCACAACAUCAAAGGACAUCAUCUCCAUUCCAGAGAAGGACAUGACAACCCGGGUUUUGAAGUGAUUGAAAUUGACAAUCCCCCUAAUGUCACCAAGUUGUGAAACACUUGCUGUUCACG